UCGGCUCAGCGGGACACACACGCUUCGGCGGCGGCCCGCGACGCUCCGCCGCACCGGCUUCACCUGCCCGGUCCACCGGAGAGCCGCGGAGCGAAUCGGCGGGAGCAGCUGCGCAGCGACGCCGGAGAGGAGCUGCUGUCUGCGGGGAGGAGGGCAGCUGUGAGCCGCUGUGGGGCUGCGGAGCUCCGUGAUGCUCUGCUGGCCGACCGUCCAACAUGUCCUCCUCAGACUCUGACUUCUCCGUCGACUGGCUCGCCAGCGACGAGGACGACUACGACGAGACCCGAAGUCCGGACCCGGAGCAGCAGCUGCCCUCGUCGUCGUCGGGAUGCUGCUGCUGCUGCUCGGCCGCUGAAGACGCCGUCCAGCCGCUUCAGGGAUUCACCUCCGUCUGCUCGCAGCUUCCUGUGGAGGCCACUCGUCGUCCGGACAGGAAGAGGAAACACGGCGAGGACUCGGACGCCGGCAGCGACACCGAGAGCGAACUGUUCUUCCACAAGUUUCUGUUUCCUGCUGCAGGUCUGAGCAGCUUCCAGGAGAGCGUGGCCAUGGACCGGAUCCAGAGAAUCAUGGGCGUCCUGCAGAACCCGGACAUGGGCGGUCGUUUCCUCGGCAUCGUCCUGAAGAUUGAAGAAAUGCUGCACAGCUGGUUUCCUCAGAUCAAACCCAACCAGACGGACGACGGCUCUGCAGCCAAGAAACUGAAGCGUCAUGGCGGCGCCUCUCCUCCUCCGUCUGACCUCCACUCGGCCUCCAACUCGUCCACCAACCUCAAGUGGCUUCACACGUCACCCAUCUGCUCCCUGAAGACUCCUGAAGCGCCGCCGGUCCGACCCGCCGCCUCCCGUGUGGAGCCGACCCAGGACGACGCCAUCUCCUCCAGCACCGACUGGACCACCGAGCCGCCGCCACCGCCUCGCCGCCCGGCCGCCGGCCCUCGCCUGCGCCGCGGACCGCCGCCGUUCAAGAUCAGCUCGCCGUGUCUGGAGCGACUCCUGCAGGCGAAGGAGAGCAUCAUCGCUCCCAGGACUGACGGAGACGGCGGCGUGUUGUCGUAGCGACCGGACCUCAUCACGCCUGAAGGCCUUAAAACGCAUGAUUCAGUCUUCUUCUCGGCCUGCGGCGCUGUCGGCCGGGUUCAGGUGAAGCCGGAGCUUUGGGUGAAACGUUCUGAUGACUGUUAGACGCUUCAAAAGCCUCAAACGGGAAACUUCCAGGUCGAGUUUCCGGCGGUUUGAGUCGAUGCCGUCAUCUUUACCGAGUCCAAAGGUUAAAAUAACGUUACUGAGAGAACCGAGGAGGUCCGGACGCCGUGGAGACUCUUCACACCUGAACACUUUGACUGUUACCUUGUUUGAUCUGCUUCUCUUUAGGUUUCGAUGAUUCCUCUACCUCAUGCUGACGCCAAGCUGCAGGCUGAGCUCCAGAGACGAGUCGCUGUCGGUAGAAAAACACCAAAACUGUUGCAGGAGUGAAGAAAAGAAACCUGUGGAGUCUAAUGCAACAUCUCUGGACUGAGGUUCAUGAUCUGUUCUGGGAUGGAACAGUCCCGGGUCACCACUGUGUCCUCAGUAUGAACUAAAGGUAGUUUCUACACAACUGAAGGCGGAGCUGUUGCAUCAGAUCCACAGGGUUCGGUUCUGCUCAACCUCAGUGUGUUCUGGUAACUUUUUCACUCCUCACAUGGACUUUGGGUGGUUUGGAAGUUUAACUCCCGCUCAUCCACCAGUUUGUCCCGUUUCUCCAGGCGGGUUAGCAUGAAAUGCGUUCUGGUGGCGAAGGCGCCUGUACACGCUGUAACAGGACAGUUUGGGUUCUUCGAGGUGGAGUCGUGUGACGUCCUCGUUCUUUACCUGCAGCAGAAGCAGCAGACAGGAGGAGGAGUUUGGAAAACGCUGUAGAUGGACUCAGCAGCAAGAAUAUCAGCCUAAGUUAUACAGUCAUGACUCCAUAAUCGACCCUUAACAAUCCAGAACCUGCUAUCUGA